CGUGACACAAAGGAACGAGGAAUAUGCGAUGAAGAUAAUUGACCUCUGCCCUUCACUCGUUAGCGUUACUAACGUCGACGGAAACACUCCUCUUCAUUUAGCUGCUGAAAUUGGAAACGAAAGUAUCCUCUGGAAAAUGUUGAGGUGUGGAAGAGCAGACUGCAUGAAGAUUAAUAAGCAAGGACAAACAGCAUUCAUAUUAGCAUGCCUCAACAAUCACCUCGAUGCUGCACUUACCCUCGUAGAAAAUAUGCGGUCUAUGACGAUGGUGGAACUUGAUGCAGCCUUUACAGGACAGCAACCAGUUAUCAUAGAUAAAAUGCUGGAGAAAUUCCCGAGCCUAGUUCUUGAUGUGGAUGAAGAGCAGUCGACGCUAUUGCAUAAAGCCGUGACACAAAGGAACGAGGAAUAUGCGACGAAGGUAAUCGACCUCUGCCCAUCACUCGUUAGCGUUACUAACGUCGACGGAAACACUCCUCUUCAUUUAGCUGCUGAAAUUGGAAACAUAAAUAUCCUCUGGAAAAUGUUGGAGACCGGAGAAGCAGAGUGCAUGAAGAUUAAUAAGCAAGGACAAACAGCAUUCAUAUUAGCAUGCCUCAACAAUAACGUUAAUUCUGCCAGAAUCCUUGUAGAAGGAACGAGUUCUAUGACGAUGGUGGAACUUAAUGCAGCCUUUUCAGAACAGCAACAAGUUAUCAUAGAUUCCAUACUAGAGAAAUUCCCGAACCUAAUUCUUGAUGCUGAUGAAGAGCAGUCGACGCUAUUGCAUAAAGCGUGCAAAUCAGGAAACCUUGAGAUGGCAAGGACACUAUUAGAUGUUGAUGUUAAUCAAGAAAUUGCAGAAAAGGUGGAUAAAGAUGGUUUGACCCCUUUGCAUCGCGCGGUGAUAAACGGUUCAGUUGAAAUCCUAAAGGAGUUUCUAUGCAAGGCUCCUUCGUCUUUCAACAUAACCACACAAGGAACAAUCGAAACAGUUUUCCACUUAGCUGCGAAAUACCAAAAAACCAAAGCAUUCAUCUUCAUGGCCCAGAGUGCAAACAUACGCCAACUUCUUUACAGCCUCGACGCAGAGGACAACACUGUACUUCAUGUUGCCGCCUCCGUAGACUCCACUUCUCUAGUACGCCACAUUCUUUCGGAAACAACAAUUGAUGUCACCUUGAAAAACAAGAAAGGUUUUGCAGCCGUUGACCUAAUCGACAAAGAGGGUGUAGACUUUCCUCUACUCUCUCUAUGGUUCCGGGAUGAAGCAGAAAAAAUUCAACGCCCUGCGAGGUAUGUUAAAUUUGCACAUGAACCUGUAGAACUCAUCCGAAACACAAACAAUGGGGAGAAGUUAAGUUCUGAAAGUCGUGCGAUGGAUUUGCUAAGAGAAGGUAGAGAUCCUAGAAACAAGGAACGUGAAAUGCAUUCAGAGAGUCUACAGAACGCAAGGAACACUAUUACUAUUGUCGCUGUCUUGAUUGCAUCGGUUGCUUUCACAUGCGGGAUAAACCCUCCUGGUGGUGUCCACCAAGACGGACCCUUCAUCGGGAAAGCAACCGCAGGGAGAACAUUGGCUUUUAAGAUCUUCUCGGUAGCAAACAACAUUGCUUUGUUUACAUCACUAAGUAUCGUCACUCUUCUGGUCAGCAUUAUAUCCUAUAGAACGAAAGCACUGAAGAUGUGUGUGGUCAUAGCACAUAAGAUGAUGUGGUUGGCCGUGGCAUCCAUGGCAACUGCUUAUGCUGCAUCGGCAUGGAUCACUGUGCCACAUAACGAGGGAUCUAAAUGGUUAGUCUACACCACUUCUGCUAUCGCUAGCGUUGCGCUAGGAAGUAUGUUUGUGUAUGUGUCAUUUAUGAUGGUUAAACACAUUUUGAAGAAGGAUAAAUUGAGACGUAACCAGUCUCACGGGAAAACCCCAAGUACGACCUUGGACAUGGAAGCCGCUGGUGAUGUCGGCUGCUAUUGGUUUUGAAAUAUGACUAUUUUUAUUUUUAUUUUUUUCCACGCACAUAUUUAUAUGAUAUUAUGAUAUUCCGAGAUAUAGUCACUUUUUAUAUAUUCAAUGUUGC